AUGCCUCCUCAGCAACGUGGCCAAAGCCGCGGUCGCGGAACACCCCCUGGGGGUGACCGUGGUCGUGGCUCAGGCUAUCGUGGUCGUGGAGGCGACCGAGGCGGGGGUGACCGAGGUCGUGGCAGUGAUCGCGGUGGCCGUGGUGGUGAUCAAAACACACAGAGCCACAGUAGGGGGAGAGGUGGCCCACGCGGGCGAGGUGGCUCCGGCUUUGCUCCGCGCUACGAAGCGGCUGUUGUUCCUGAGUAUCAUCCUGAUCCUGAAGAGGCAACCGGAGUGGAUGCGCCCACAAUCGCUGACGGUGUUACGACUGUUGGUGUUCGGAGGCCAACUGCACGUGGUACUGCUGGCCGGCAGCUAACAGUCACCACUAACAACUUUAAAAUUACUCUACCCGAGGUGACGCUUCAUCACUAUGAUGACAUCAAAACGGAUGUUCCGAAACCGGUCAAAUGGAACCUAGAUGUGAUUCGUACGCUUCAAGAGCAGGUCGCCCCUACCAUCUUCACUCCCCGUACAGUAUAUGAUGGGCGCAAAAACCUGUUCGCCAGCCGGUGUCUGCCUCUUUCAAGCAGGGAUGGAAAGAUACAAACAUUUGAUGUAUCGAUGGAGCCAGCACGUCCGGGAGGAAGGCCGCCUAGAGUCUAUCAGGUUACACUCAAACACGUUGCAACAAUUAAUCCGGUCCUUCUUCAAAGGUACCAAGAGGGACGACAAUCCAUAAGCAAGGAAGUCCUCACCGCCUUCACUGCAGUGAACGUUGUAGUCCGAAUGGACCCAAUACUGCGCUAUCCAUUCAACGCUCGUUCGUUCUUCACUAACAAGGAAGUCCGUCCCAUUGGCGGUGGAAUAGAGCUAUGGCGUGGAUACUUCCAGUCCGUCCGGCCUGGAAUGGCUUCGAUGCUUAUCAACAUCGAUAUUUCGACGGGAGCAAUGCAUUCUCCUGGACCGAUGAUUGGGGGGCUUUCCGACCGCGAUCGACUCAAACUCGAACGAUUGUUGGUAGGCGUCCGUUUCGUUACGACUCAUAGAGAACGGAGUGGCCAAGUCAGCAACAGGCCCAAGGUGAUAAGAAGGAUUACUUCUCAAGGCGCUGACACGCUCCUGUUCACAAACUCUGAGGGAAAUGAAAUAACGGUUGCUCACUACUUCCAAACGCUUGGUAUCAAUCUUUCAUUUCCUAGAUAUACCUGCGUUGAAACCGGGUCCGGGGCGGCAUACCCUAUUGAGUUAUGUUCAAUUAUCCCUGGACAGCUUAUGAAGAGGCAAAUACCUCCAGAACUCAUAAGCUCAAUGCUAGCGUUUUCAACAAAGAAACCUAAAGAGCGCCUAAACUCGAUUGUUGCUGGUCACUCGGUAUUACAAUAUGGGCAAUCUGAAUACAUGCGCCAAUUUGGUAUGGCUGUGAGCCAGCAUCCAGAGAAGGCUCUGGCUCGUGUAAUUCCACCUCCGGCCCUUAAUUAUGGUCCCAAUAGCAAGUCUAGGCAGAUUCACCCAAAAGACGGGUCCUGGAAUGUUCGCGACCAAAAGUUUUUCAAGGGCGCCCAGUGUACGGGGUGGGCAUUAGUCAUAUACGAUACACGUAGUAUCCGCCAAGGCGAUGCUCAGGACAUUGUGAAGGGCUUAAAGGAGCAAGCAGACCUAUUGGGUAUUCAGCAAAUCUCAAACGAUCCGCCUAUUGUAUUCCCCUCUGCCCAGUAUCUGGACGUGGGACAGCAACUCCGCUUGGCAGGGCAACAAGUGUAUCAAAAAACAAAAGCUCCACCAAGUCUUAUUGUGAUUGUACUUCCAGAAAGCUCUGCAGAACUGUAUCAGGCAGUUAAACAAUACUCUUCAAAAGCUUUGGAGAUGUUACUCAAGGCGUGGCAACCCAAUGCCUCAGGUCAAAUAAAUGCAGGGGUGCUAAGCCUCAAUAUUGGGCAAAUGAUCAACGCAAAACUUGGCGGAGUAAACAAUGUUCUUGACCCAAAUGCCCCCAACCUAAGAUUCCUUGUAGACGCUGCCAACCCACCAAUCAUAUUGGGCGCAGACGUGAUGCACCCUGCUCCUGGACCCGGGGCUAAAGAGCGCCCUUCAUUUGCAGCCUUGGUUGGGAGCAUUGAUUCUACCGUGGCUCAUUAUACGGCUGUUAGUCAGGUUCAACAAUCCGGCCUUGAAAUUAUCCACAACCUGGAGAACAUGGUCUACGAAACGCAUGCAAGCGCCAUAAUUGAUCCUACCAUUACGGUAGUGGUUGUUGGCAAGCGACAUCAUCAGCUCUUUUUUCCGACGCACGGGAGCGAGGACAAGAGUGGAAACUGCCCGGCUGGGACCGUUGUGGACGAUGUUGUUGGCCAUCCAACAGAGUUCGAUUUUUAUCUCCAAAGCCACGGUGGGCUCCUUGGAACAUCACGUUCGUCGCAUUACAGCGUCCUUCAUGAGAACCACUUUACUGUUGAUGGCAUACAAGCCGUAUCAUAUGCUCUGUGUCAUGUGUACGCGCGGGCAACCCGUUCCGUUUCAAUCCCUGCCCCUGUUUAUUAUGCCGAUAUUGUGUGCGCGCGAGCCAAAAAUCAUUAUGAUCCAUCUUUCGGUUACGCCUCAAUUAACGAUACCGGAACUGAAGCAAGUGGCGAAACCGGUGCUGCUGUUCAACGCUUCCAGGAUAACUUCAAGCAAGCUCAUAAUGGGCAGCGCUAUAAGAUGUAUUUCCAAUAA